CAAAAUGCUGACUUGCAGAGUUCCUCCAGCAUUUGUGUGUGUUGCUCAGGAUUUCCAGUAUUUGCAGAAUCUAUAGCGUGUAUGCGCUAGCGAUACGAGGGAAUAGAAUAGUGGAGGGGGACCGAAAGGCCAGGUGCUGUAAUCUGUGUAAAUCCGUGCUAUUGAGAGGUGUCAGAUAGUUUACGGUGGAAGAAGACCACUCUGGAAGAAGGCUCAGAUCCGCCGGCUCCGUUGGAAUCACAGAGACGCUCCUCGGCGGCCAAGUGAUCGGUUGAAACCCGGAACAGGUGGAACCGUGAGCGCCUGUGUCUGUGAGAUCAGGAGCUGUAGAGAGGGGCAGCGCCCAGCGGAGACUCCACGCCAAGAAAGGCGAUUGAUCAGAGGCUCUACUUAAGGAGGUGUUGGCCAAGAUUUACGGUGGGCACUUCUACCGCAGCGCUUGCUAGCAGCAAACGCGAGAGCCCUAGACGUUUAUAUAUUACACGCCCCAGGCCGUUGUUGGCUUGUCCAUCUCCACUGUCCGUUGCAUCGCUCCUCGCCCACCCCCCCUCCCCCCGUUGGCCCUUUGGAAUUGGCCCUUCAUUAAACACCAGCACAGAAUCAGCACCUGACCUCCAAUCAGCUCACGCCAGGAGGAGGAAGUGGCGAGAUCGAGCUCUCGGCAUCAGUCGCUGCCGGGACCUGGGGUUAAGAGGAAUGAAAAAAUCCUGUUGGGAAAUAAAUGUUCGUUUAAACAGCCCCUGUCCUUUGGGAAUCUACCGGAUUAAGCGGCUGCGGGAAGGUGACCACAGCGUCUGAGAUAUGGGUAGCAAAGAGAGAUAUCACUGGCAAAGUCACAAUGUCAAGCAGAGUGGGGUGGACGACAUGGUCCUUCUGUCCAAAAUCACCGAGGAUGCGAUCGUGGAAAAUCUUAAGAAACGUUAUAUGGACGACUAUAUUUUUACUUACAUUGGAACAGUGCUCAUUUCCGUCAACCCCUUCAAACAGAUGCCUUACUUCACAGACAGAGAAGUUGAAAUUUAUCAAGGAGCGGCUCAGUAUGAAAACCCUCCGCAUAUUUAUGCUCUUACGGACAAUAUGUACAGGAAUAUGUUGAUCGAUGCAGAGAACCAGUGUGUGAUCAUCAGUGGAGAGAGUGGAGCUGGGAAAACUGUGGCAGCAAAAUACAUCAUGGGUUACAUCUCCAAAGUGUCGGGCGGAGGAUCAAAGGUUCAGCAUGUUAAGGAUAUCAUCCUACAAUCGAACCCUCUGCUCGAAGCCUUUGGAAAUGCCAAGACUGUGCGGAACAAUAACUCCAGCCGAUUUGGGAAAUAUGUCGAGAUACAGUUCAGCCGUGGUGGUGAACCAGAUGGAGGCAAAAUCUCAAAUUUUCUUCUGGAGAAAUCGCGAGUUGUUAAUCAGAACGAGAAUGAGAGAAACUUCCAUAUUUUCUAUCAGCUUCUGGAAGGUGCAUCCCGAGAGCAAGUCGAAAACCUGGGCAUUGCCGCUCCCACAUAUUACUUCUACCUGAACCAGUCGGGCACCGACAAGGUGGAUGGAACAGACGACAAGAAAGACUUCGCUGAAACAAUGAAUGCCAUGCAAGUGAUUGGUAUUCCGGAUGACAUCCAAAUGAUGGUGCUGCAGAUCAUUGCUGGAAUCCUGCACCUUGGAAACAUCAGUUUUGUUGAAGAUGGAAAUUAUGCCAAAGUGGAAGAUGAAGAUCGCUUGGCCUUUCCGGUGUACCUGCUGGGAAUUGAUCAAGGGAAGAUGAGGGAGAAGGUGACCAGCAGAAAAAUGGAUAGUAAGUGGGGAGGCAAGACGGAGUCCAUCAACAUGACCCUGAACGUACAACAGGCGGGUUACACCCGGGAUGCCUUGGCCAAGGCUCUUUAUGCACGACUGUUUGAUUACCUGGUGGAUGCUGUCAACAAAGCUAUGCAGAAGCCAUAUGAAGAAUACAGUAUUGGAGUGCUGGAUAUUUACGGGUUUGAAAUUUUCCAGAGAAAUGGGUUUGAACAAUUCUGCAUUAAUUUUGUGAAUGAGAAGCUCCAGCAGAUUUUCAUUGAAUUAACCCUGAAGGCAGAACAGGAGGAAUACGUACAAGAGGGGAUAAAGUGGACACCUAUUGAAUACUUCAAUAACAAAGUUGUCUGUGACCUAAUCGAGAACAAGAGUCCGCCUGGAAUUAUGUGCGUCCUGGAUGAUGUUUGUGCCACCAUGCAUGCCACAGGAGAAGGGGCAGAUGCAACGUUACUGCAGAAGCUCCAGGCUGCAGUAGGAGGCCACGAUCAUUUCAACAGCUGGAACCAAGGAUUUAUAAUCCACCACUAUGCUGGAAAGGUAUCCUACGAUGUUAACGGAUUCUGUGAGCGCAACAGAGAUGUCCUCUUCACCGAUCUGAUAGAACUCAUGCAAACCAGUGAAUUCCCCUUUAUUCAAUCCCUGUUCCCAGAAAACCUACAAAACGAGAAGAAAGGCCGACCAACCACAGCAAGCAUGAAAAUUAAGAAACAAGCGAAUGAUCUGGUCAGUAGGUUAAUGAAGUGUACCCCUCACUACAUCCGGUGCAUCAAACCCAACGAGACAAAGAAACCAAAAGACUGGGAGGAGAACAGGGUAAAGCAUCAAGUUGAAUAUCUGGGACUAAAGGAAAAUAUUCGAGUACGGCGUGCUGGAUUUGCCUAUAGAAGACCUUUCCCAAAAUUCCUGCAGAGGUACGCCAUCCUGACACUGGAAACCUGGCCCUGUUGGCGUGGUGAUGAGAAACGUGGAGCUCAGCAUCUUCUUCAGUCCGUCAACAUGGAUGCUGAUCAGUUCCAGAUGGGAAAGAGCAAAAUAUUCAUAAAGAAUCCAGAAUCGCUCUUCCUCCUGGAGGAAAUGAGAGAACGGAAGUUUGAUCGAUACGCAAGAACCAUUCAAAAAGCAUGGAGGAAGUACGUCGCAUGGAGAAAGUAUGAGCAGAUGAGAGAAGAAGCUUCCAGCAUUCUCUACAACUUCAAAGAGAGGCGACGGAACAGUAUUAACCGAAACUUUGUUGGUGACUAUCUUGGCAUUGAAGACAGACCAGAGCUACGACAGUUCCUUGGCAAGAGGGAACGGAUAGAUUUUGCAGACUCUGUCACCAAGUUUGAUCGAAGAUUUAAGGGAAUAAAACGAGAUCUUAUCCUGACCCCAAAGUACAUUUAUCUAAUUGGUCGAGAAAAGAUUAAGAAGGGGCCGGAAAAGGGUCAGAUCAAGGAGGUCAUGAAGAGGAAGAUUGAUAUUCAGAACAUCACCGCUGUGUCAAUGAGCACCAGGCAAGAUGAUUUCUUUGUCCUGCAUGAACCGGAGUACGACAGCCUCGUGGAGUCCAUUUUCAAGACUGAAUUCGUUAGUCUUCUAUGCAAAAAAAUUGAAGAACUCUCACAUCAAAAAUUAAAGCUCAACUUUUCUGACUCCAUCCAGUUCAAGAUCAAGAAAGAAGGCUGGGGUGGAGGCGGUACUCGAAGCCUCGUCUUCAGCAGGGGCCAAGGAGAGCAGGUGGUGCUAAAACCUGCCGGGAAAACACUCAAUAUUAGCAUUGGAGAUGGAUUACCCAAGAAUUCCAAGCCAACAAAGAAAGGAGCUCCGGAGAACAGAGGCUUGAAGAAACGUUCUCACGCCAGACCUGCUCCCCCGGCACCAUCAGGACAGUAUGGAAAUGGUGUUCCACGAUUCUCACAGGAUAAUCAGAUGAAGCAGGAACAAAUGUACUCCAGACCUAUGAAAAGCCUGUCAAAGUCUGGCAGCAUUUCAGAGAAGCCCUCGCUGCCAAAACAGGGUGCUACGACUAGAGCAAGGAAGUCCACAAAUACCAAUGCGAACAUGGAGUUUAUGAGAGUUCCGGAUGAAGGCAUUGCAGGAAUCCAGAGAAGACGGAGUGUAUCACAAAGACCCCCGCCGGCAGUGGGACGUCCAAAACCACAGCCACGAACUCCCAAGUGCCGGGCCCUCUAUCAGUAUUAUGGCCAAGAUGUGGAUGAACUCAGCUUUAACGUUAAUGAUGUCAUUGAUAUUCUUCUGGAAGAUCCAUCAGGAUGGUGGAAGGGUCGUUUACAUGGAAGAGAGGGACUUUUUCCAGGAAACUACGUGGAGAAGAUUUGAACUACUUCAGGCUGGAUCUCAGGUUGCAACGUUGGUAAAGUCAGAAGCACAAAAUUACCGAGCAGUUGAUGGUGCAACAGAGCAUUCAGAUCAAUGGGGCUUUAUUCAAUAAAAUCUCUGCUCUCACAGGAACCUGUCCACUAUGAAAUUAGAUCCUAUUCAAUCUGUAUACCCCAUAUUUUGCAGACAUAGAUCCACUAAACCUGGGAUCCAGUGAACACAAUUCACAAUCCAUAAACAUUGAAGUAUCAUCAUUUUAAAUGAAAUCAAUAGUCUUUGUACAAAAUAAAUUUAAUGAUUAAUAGGUUUGAUUAUUUUGAUUAAGAAAAGUAAUGAACAAAAUUGUUAAGAUUUUGUAAGUUAUUUGCUUUACCAAAGGAAAACAAUUAAGCAUUUCAUUCUUAUUCCUUCGAUGGCUGUUGUCGUUUUGCUGAAUAUUGUGGACAUGCUGUAUUGGGGCAGGAACGUGUGGCAACGCUUACGGGCUGCCUCCGGCACAUCCUUAGGUUGUGUUGGUUGUUAAUGCAAACGAAGCGUUUCUCUGUACAUUUCCAUGUACAUGUGAUAAAUAUCUGAAUCUGCAGGUGGGCUUCCCAGGCUGGGCUAGCAUUUAAUUACCCCUUCCUAGAUGUCCUUGAGAUGGUGAGGCGAGCAGCUUUGUUGAACUGCUGCAGUCCUUGAGAUGUGGUUUACACCCACUGCGCUGUUAGGGAGAGAAUCCUAGGACUUUGACCCAAUGACAGCGCAGGAACAGUAGUAUAUUUCCAAGUCAGGAUGAUGAGUGGCUUGGAGGGUAACUUCCAGGGGGUGGUGUUCCUCGUGCUUUCUCUGCCAGCUGGUAGAGGUGGUAGGUUUGGACGGUGCUGGUGAGUGGGGAGAGAUGGUAUAAAUACUGCUACUGUGUGUUGCUGGUGGAGUGAGGGAAUAUAUAUGGAUAGGUGCUUAUCAAUUGGGCUUCUGUGUCCCACAUGGUGUCCAGUUUCUUGAGUGUCAUUGAAGCUGCACUACCUCCGGCUGGUGGAGAGUGCACCAUCACACUCCUGUUGAGAAUGAUAAGACCAUAAGGCACAGGAGCAGAAAUAGGCCAUUCAGCCCAUUGAGUCAUCUCUACCAUUCCACCAAGGCUGAUUUAUUAUCCCUAUCAACCCCAUUCUCCUGCCCUCUCCCCAUAACCUUUGAUGCCCUGACCAAUCAAGAACCUAUCAACCUCCGCUUUAAAUAUACUCAAAGAUUUGGUCUCCAUAGCCGUCUGUGGUAAUAAAUUCCACAGAUUCACCAUCCACUGCUAAAGAAAUUUCUCCUCAUCUCCGUUCUAAAUGGAUGUCCCUCUAUUCUGAGGCUGUGCCCUCUGGUCCUAGACUCCCCCACUAUAGGAAACAUCCUCUCCACGUCAUCUAGGUUUUUCAGUAUUCAGUAGGUUUCAGUGAGAUCCCCUCAUUCUUCGAAACUCCAAAGAAUACAGGCACAGCGCCAUCAAAUGCUUCUCAUACAUUAACCCAAUUAUGCCUGUGAACCUCCUCUGGACCUUCUCCAAUGCCAGAAGAUCUUUUCUCAGAUAAGGGGUCCAAAAUGAUUGGAUUUAGCUGAGUUACUCUCACAGGAUUUCCAGCCUCUGAACUGUUCUGCAUUCCACAUUGUGUUUGUGGUUCCUGCAGUUCAGUGAACUGGCUGAAGACCAGCAUCUCCUGUUGGGGCCUCCAGAGGAGGCUGAGAUGGACCAUACACUUGGUAUCUCUGCUGGAACUUCUAGCAGAUGCUUUGGCUUCCUUAUUACGCAAAUAGAUUGGGCUUCCCCAUGGCUGUGAUGUUAAUGCAUAUUAACGGAGCCUGCUCCUCCAAGUUGUGUCAUUGUCCAAUUGGAUGUGGCUUGACUAGAUGUGAUCUGUCAACUGUGGGAUCACUUGGCUCUGCCAGUCCAUGCUGUUGAGUAGCACAGUGAGAAGCUCUUAAUUUGUCCAGAGUGUCUGUACAGUCUGAGGCGUGCAAUCUCGGGCACUUAUUGGCCUGGAUGAGAGGGCAUGUCCUAUAGUUCUAUUGGCCUGGAUUACAGGACAUGUCCUAUAGCAUUGGCCUAGAUGAGAGGGCAUAUCCUAUAGCAAGAAGUUGGAUAAACUUGGGUUAUUUUCUCUGGAGUGGUGGAGUCUGAGGGAAGAUCUGAUAGAGAUUUAUAAAAUUAUGAGAGGCAAAGAGAGAAUAGACAAUAUUCUUUUUCCUAGGAUUGAAAAGUCUAAUAUCAGAGGGCAUGCAUUUCAGGUGAGAGGUGAUAAUUUCAAAGGAAAAGUAAGGGGCUAGUUUUUUUACACAGUGGUGAAAUAUGUUGCCUGGGGUGGUGGUAGAGGCAGUUACAUCAGAGGCUUUUGAGAGACAUUGAGAUAGGCACAUGAAUGUGAGGUAAAUGGAAAGAUAUGGACUGUGUAGGCAGAAGAGAUUAGUUUAGUUGGCUGUUUGAUUACUAAUUUAAUUGAUUCAGCACAACACUUUGAGCCUGUUCAUGUGCUGUAUGGCUCCAUGUUCUAUGGUCGAUAUUGAAGUAUCAGCACUUUAGUCUUUUCCGAUUUAGUGCCUCAGAAGAUGGAACAUGAGUUUCAAGCACAAAUAUUGAUAAGCAAUUGUUUCACUUUAAGAGACGUCCUCAGGACCUGAUUCAGUAAACUGGGUGUAUUAUGUGCAUUGUACAUUUCACGUAAACCCUGCCCUUGGGUAGCAUGACCUGUAGACACAGUGCAGAUGAUGCACCAAUCUACCUCAGGAACUUCUUCUCACCACACAUUGCCUCUGACUGCAACACUUAUACUAGAAGAAGAAUUCUGUCGUGGACAUGUUCCCUGCUGCCAUGUCCAUCUUUGCUCUAGAUAGUCUGAAGCUGAAUGAAACAAUUCACAACCACAUUCCAAAAUCUGCCUCCAAACAUUCCUCAAUAGCAUCACUACAAACAGUUCAUCCCGCCACCAAAGCGUCAAUUCCACGCCCCCUUUCUUUCCUGUAUUGAUGGAGAGCCUCACCCCAAAACAUCGACUGUUCAUUCCCCUCCAUAGAUGCUACAUGACCGACAGAGUUCCUCCAGCACUUUGUGUGUGGAGCAUGGAUUCACAUCUGCCUCAGCUCACUGUUACUGGAACUGCACCUAGAUGUGAUUUACAGUACCUCAAUACCUUUUGUGACAGAUUGUCAGAUUUAACCCUCUGAUUUCCACAUCCCCGCUGAAUCCGCCGCUCGAACUCCUUCCGUUCCGUGCUGAUCUGUAAUUUCUACAAAACAGGCCAUACCCCGGCUAACAUGUAGUUUUUGUCUGUACAGCUAUCCAAUCAAUCAAUAUAUCAGGAAGUACUUAGAACUUAGACAAUAUUUAUUUACAGAUAUUAUACAGUCACAGGCCCUUCUGGCCCAAUGAACCCACGCCACCCAAUUACACCCACGCCACCAAUUACACCCAUGCCACCAGUUAACCUACUAACCCGUGGGACCAUCAGAUACAGGAGCAGAAAUGGCCUAGUGAGUCUGCUCUGCCAUUGCAUCAAGGCUGAUCUAUUGCCCCUCUCAGCUUCUCCUGCCUCCCCCCCACCCCCACACCCCAUAUCCCUUCAUUCCCUGACCCAUCAAGAAUCUAUCAACCUCUGCCUUAAAUAUACAUAAAGGCUUGGCCUCCACCACUGCCUGUGACAACAAAUUCCACAGAUUCACCACCCUCUGGUUAAAGAAAUUCCUUCUCAUCUCUGUUCUAAAAGGAUGCCCCUCUAUUCUGAGGCUCUGUUCUCUGAUCUUAGACUCCCCCUCCAUAGGAAACAUCCUCUCCACAUCCACUCUAUCAAGGCCUUUCAUGAUUCAAUAGGUUUCAAUGAGGUCACCCCUCAUUCUAAUUCUAGUGAAUUGCUUUUGCCGAACUCUGAGCUGCUCCCCUGGUGCCUUCUGACAAUCCAAGUCCAAAGAUCAUCCUUUGUCUAUCCUUCUUAUAGCCCAUAUGUUUUUGGAAUGUGGGAAGAAACUGGAGCAUCUGGAGGAAAUCCACACAGUCAUAGAGAGAACAUACUAACAGCUUAC